AUGCGACGAAACGUCGCCCUUGUGGCCUGUUUGGUCGCACUUUCUAGCGUUGCUGAUGCCUUUUGGCGUCUCCCUUGUCGUGGACGAAGUGGUGUGGCUCGAAUGGACCCCAUAAUGGCCCCCGGGAAACCAUCAGACCACGUCCAUGUGGUUCACGGAUCAGGAGGUUUCUCUAUGUCAUCGGGCGAGACAGACCUGAACAAUGCGGAUUGUACCUCAUGCGGGGUGAAGCAGGACAAGUCGGCUUACUGGGCCCCCGCGCUAUACUUCAUGCAUGAGAAUGGCGAUGCUGAGCUUGUCAACGAAGUGGGCGGGAUGCUUGCUUACUACUUCCUCAACGGACAGAAUGUGACGGCAUUCCCUGAGAACUUUCGUAUGAUUGCCGGCGAUCCGUUUCUGCGUAACUUCCCUUGGCCAGUUCCCGAUCCUCCAAAGUCCGAGUGGUCUGGCAAUCAAUCAUCACAGGACGCUCUUCGCCAGAAAGCUCUGGGUUUCAACUGCUUGAACUAUAACAAAUCUCCCGAGCCGUCGCUGGGCCGCCACUUCCUGCCAAAUAAGACCUUCAUGGAUGAGCACUGUACUGAUGGUGUCCGAUUUGAAUUGAUGUUUCCGUCAUGCUGGAAUGGCAAGGAUGUUGACUCCAAGGAUCACAGGUCGCACAUGGCCUACCCAUCCCUGGUCAUGGACGGGGAUUGUCCGGAUGGCUUCGAGACCCGCCUUGUGUCGCUCUUCUAUGAGACUAUCUGGGACACAUAUGCGUUUAAAGACAAGCAGGGCACUUUUGUUCUUGCAAACGGCGACCCAACUGGAUACGGCUAUCAUGGAGACUUUAUCUACGGCUGGGAUGAUGGGGUUCUUCAACAGGCAGUGAAUAAUUGCACCAACCUGUCUGGUCGGGUGGAAGACUGCGACUUAUUCCAUCUUCAGACAGAUGCCGAGCAGGCGCAGUGCAACUUCACCAUGCCAGAAGAACUGAAAAGCGAGAACGUGUACCUUCACAAGGGUGGCUUGCCGAACAACAUUGCCAUCCAGUAUGGGCCUGCGUAUGCAAGCCCAGUCCGGUAUACCAAUACUGGCCAUCAUACUUCGGCAAUAUUGCCCGAGCCAAGCAUUGCUAUUGGUGCUUCUCUCGAUGGUGCUACUGUUGAUCUUGGAAAUAUCCACAUUGGCGUAACACUGGGCGCCCCGUCUACUACUUCUACUUCAACUACCCUCUCGACUUCAACUCUCCCAUCCUCGACCACUUCAGCGACUUCAGCGACUUCAGCGGCUUCAGCCUACUUUCUCCAAACAACCACUUCAACUACACCAACCACCACCUGGACACCUACUCCUACCACCGCUUAUGUCGAAGGCGUUGUCACUCAGAAGAUCGUGUACGUUGAGCAGGAGAUCCUCAUCCUCACAGAUGAAACGGGAGCACCUGUCACAACAGAGACGGGUGGAUUGGAGACAGUCUCCACUUCUACAUCCACGGUGAGCAAGGUUGUAUCAACAGUCGUGACCACGCCAACCGAGGCUCCUGCUAAGCGCGAUGACCAUAGCCAUAGCCAUUCCCGGCAUGUUCAUCGGCGUCAUCGUCACGGACAUGCCCAUCGAAGAUGA